CGCCCCCCGCCCGCGCCCCCCUCAACCGUGCCGCCUGUCCUCCCUCCGCGGCGUCCGCGGCGUUAGCCACAGCGCGUGGAGCCAGUCAGCGAGAGGGCGCGAGCGGUCGCGCCGUCUGCCUUGCAGCCUCCCGCCAGCCGGCGAGCCAGUGCGCGUGCGCGGCGGCGGCCUCCGAAGCGACCGGGAAGCGGACCGGCGGGCGAACGAGCCAGCGGUGCGGGGCCGAGACGCCAGCGACAUGGGGGACCGAGAGCAGCUGCUGCAGCGGGCGCGGCUGGCCGAGCAGGCGGAGCGCUACGACGACAUGGCCUCCGCCAUGAAGGCGGUGACAGAGCUGAAUGAACCUCUCUCCAAUGAAGAUCGAAAUCUCCUCUCUGUGGCGUACAAGAAUGUAGUUGGUGCCAGGCGAUCUUCGUGGAGAGUCAUCAGUAGCAUUGAGCAGAAAACCAUGGCUGAUGGAAAUGAAAAGAAGUUGGAGAAAGUUAAAGCUUACCGGGAGAAGAUUGAGAAAGAGCUGGAGACAGUUUGCAAUGAUGUCCUGGCACUGCUUGACAAGUUUCUCAUCAAGAACUGCAAUGAUUUCCAGUAUGAGAGCAAGGUGUUCUACCUGAAAAUGAAAGGCGAUUACUACCGCUACUUGGCAGAGGUGGCUUCUGGGGAGAAGAAAAACAGUGUGGUUGAAGCUUCGGAGGCAGCAUACAAGGAAGCCUUUGAAAUCAGCAAAGAGCACAUGCAGCCAACACAUCCUAUCCGGCUGGGCCUGGCCCUCAACUUCUCUGUGUUCUACUAUGAGAUCCAGAAUGCACCCGAGCAGGCCUGCCUCUUAGCCAAACAAGCCUUCGAUGAUGCCAUAGCUGAGCUGGACACAUUAAACGAGGAUUCCUAUAAGGACUCCACCCUUAUCAUGCAGUUGCUGCGAGACAACCUCACCCUCUGGACGAGCGACCAGCAGGAUGAAGAAGCAGGAGAAGGCAACUGAAGAUCGUCAGGCCCCUGGCCCUCCCUUCACCCACCACCCCCAUCAUCACCGAUUCUUCCCUGCCACAGUCAUUAUAUCCAGUGCUAAACCUCUCUGUAUUGGCAGCACAGCUUCUCAGAUCUGCUCCUGUCCCUUGGGAAGCAGUUUCAGGUAAACUUUCAAGGGCAUUGCUGGACUGAUGGUUCCUUUGAGCCCACAGGAGCUCCCUUUUUGAAUUGUGCAGAGAAGUGUGUUCUGAAUGAGGCAUUUUACUAUGCCUAUUGAUCUAUGGCAAAUCUAGGUGACAGUAAUCGAAGAGUUUAGAGAGUUAGCCAACACAGGCUAUGGCUGAUAUUUCAAACAAGCUGAUAGCGUUUUGUUAAGCAGUACAUCUUGUGCAUGCAAAAUGAAUCCAACCCUUCCCCUUCUUUCUUCAGCUAAUGGGAAACUGACAGAGACAACUUGCUCCUUUCCAUCAGCUGUAGUAGACUGUUCAGUGUGAGGUUUCAGUAGCGCCUUGUUUUGCCUCUUUAAAUUAUGUUGUGCACAGACAUUCUUUUCAAUGCAAUGCAUCUAAAGUUUUGAUACGUGUAACUUGUUUUUUUUGGUUGUGAUUAAGAAUCAUGGAUUUAUUUUUUUGUAACUCUUUGGCUAUUGUUCUUGUGUAUCCUGACAGCAUCAUGUAUGUCAACCUAUGUCAAUCAAGAUGGGUGAUUAUGAAAUGCCAGACUUCUAAAAUAAAUGUUUUGGAAUUAAAAGGGUAAAUAAAUGCUGCUUUGGGGAUAUUC